AUGGCGAACAACGCUCUUGUCCUGCGAUGCCUCAUGGAGAAGGCACACGCAAUGAAGACCCCGCUCUAUGUCGCCUUUGUUGACGUCACGAACGCGUUUCCUUCUACUGAUCGAGACCUCCUCUGGGUCAAGCUUCAUCGAAUGGGUGUCAGCGGGACAAUGCUUCACUGGCUGCGCAACCUCUACAGAUGCAUGUCCUAUAUCGUACGCACUUCUGAGAACUCUUCGGAAGCCUUUGAGGCAGACGUCGGAGUUCUCAUCGGGGAUUCGGUCUCGCCCACGCUUUGGAAUUUGUUCUUAGUCGAUCUCAACCUGCUCCCUCGUAACGAUGAUCCUGUACUAGGAGGUGACCUCAUUUCCCUUCUCGCGCAUGCGGACGACCUAGUACUCGUAUCCACGUCACCCCCUGGACUGCAAGCUGAGAUAAACGCGGUCUUUCGUUACUGCCGCCUCAAUCAACUCGUGACACACCCGGGCAAGACAGUUCUCAUGCUCUUCGGCGAGAUACUUGCCGUCGUUCCCCAGUUCUACAUGAAUGGCGUCCAGCUCGCGUACAAGGAGACCUGGACCUUUUUACUCACCUUCACGAGUUCCAAAGGCAAUCUCUUUUAUGAGCACCACGUCGGGCGAAGGAUGAAAGCAUUAGCCGCCGUUUUCGGAUACUAG